AUUAAAAGACUUUUUGAGAAACUACCGCAAUUUAAUAAUGUAUCUACAUUAGGAGAUAACGGAGCCAUCUCCUUUUCAGAUGCCUCUGAAGGUUUUCAGGGGUUGAAGAGGAAGUGAAGUUAGAGACGAGAGGAUUCGGAUGGUUCUGAACUUAAUUGCUCCAAAUAGUAAAAGUCAGAAGAGUUCUUUGAGUGCCAAUUUACCGAGAGGGUCCUUAUAAAACACGGACGAGACAACAACGAUGACCAAUGCAACUACAAUACUGCCGCAGGAAAUCGGGUCAGCGGACGAAGGUAGAUUUCCCGCAAAUCACUAAGAGACCGAGCAUAUCGUGGGAAAAUAUUAGCGCACUUUCUAACGCAGCGCAUAUGCGUAAAGGAGGCUGCCCAUUCAUAUCUCCUUAUCCGCGCGCUUCUAGGAAUGUCGGCCCACAUGCUCAUCUACCGUAUAGAGCUCCAUUGGUUGUCAAGUCUCCGAGGAAACUUACGGCUUCCUGCCGUCUAGAGAACAGGAAAAUCGUUAAGGAAGAAUGUGUAAGAAUGAUGAAAUAUAUCGUUAACACACACAAUUUAGUAGGCAACAUUAAAAGUGUUUUCGCCAGCAAAUCACAUGAUUAGGAAGGUAUUUAACAUAAAUUUCUACAGUUUAAUAAAAUAUAUUUUAAAAAAUUAUUUGCCUUGUGCAAGUAAGUGUUUUAUAACCGAUGGAAGGAAAGUUAUCUUUCUACGGAACAAAAUAUUGCUGAUGAUAGCUUACCAUUAGGCCAUUGAGAUGAAUUCCUACAUAAAAUAAACUCGGUGGUUAUAGUAUUUUAUAGAUAGUAAAAUCAAAUAGACAUGGAAAUCAAGUUGUUUAUGAGAUCGUAGGAUAAAUUAAUAAAUUAAUUUUAUUAGUCUUUUUUUAUACUUUAUUUAUUUUUCUUUUCUCUUUUUCUUUUUUUUUUUACCAACUAGCAAAAGAAAAACAAUUAAGCAAUACAUUACAAGUUUAAUUUCCCCUCAUAUUGAUCUCACAGAAUAAAAUAAGAAAAUAACCUUGAAAAAAAAAAAUAGGAUCCACUACAAUUUAAUAUGUUGCACUGAC